GUUGUCAUUGGUUAUUCGGAGCUUUAAACUAUUCGUAAUUCUAUUUUGUAGUCUUAUUGCGAUAAUAAGCAAUAAAUCCGAAGUUCUUAAGUUCUUAUUUUAGGAUUAAUGUAGUUUGCUCGAUUUACAAGAUGUACACAUGCAAACGGAGAAAACGUAAGAAAUUCAUUUCCCCCUCUAUUUUCCUUUUAUGAUGAUCGAUGAUGGCUUAACCCAACUUUCUACUCCCAAAUUGACUUGCAACUUGCAAGUCCAUUUAACCUAAUCUCCCAUCUAAAGCCUUUUUCCCGCCUAAUGAUCCACAAAGAUAUUAAUUACUAGACUUUCGUGUUAUUUUGGUUCGAUUCAGAAAACCCACAAAAAUUAAUUAGGGUGACAUGGGCCUGAAAACUUCAAACAUCAACAAAAUAGAAAGCACCCAACUACCAGUAUUAUACUACCUGAUGGGUUCAUUUCAUUCAUCCCACCAAAUAAACGUCUCAGUACAACACAUUACACAACGCAAAAGAAAAAAAUGGCCAAAGUAGUGAUGAACUUCCUCCUGCUGCCUCUUCUUCUGCUUGAAUUCAUAUGCUCAUCGGAUCAUCACGGUCACGUCGCAGCAUCCAAAUCCGCUGUCGGAUACCUUCCUGGAUUCCAAGGCCCUCUCCCGUUUUACUUCGAGACCGGGUACAUUGGAUUAGGGGAAGCAGAGCUGUUUUACUACUUUGUGAAGUCAGAUGGGAAUCCUGAAGCUGACCCUCUCAUUCUCUGGCUCAGCGGCGGCCCUGGCUGCUCUGCCUUCUCUGGUCUUGUCUUGGAAAUUGGUCCCAUCAGGUUCCAAGGACCAGUAGCGGGAUACAGUGGGAGCUUGCCGAAUUUGAUCCUUAACCCGUUCUCGUGGACUAAGUUCUCGAGCAUAAUUUUCCUGGACUUGCCUGUUGGGACUGGAUUCUCUUACACAACAAACCCAUCUCCUGCUGAUCAUCCCGGUGACCAGGUUCAGGUUUCCCAAGCUGCAGAGUUCAUCAGGAAGUGGCUAGGAGAACACUCAGAGUUCCUGCAGAAUCCACUGUAUGUUGCAGGGGAUUCCUACUCUGGAACGACGAUUCCACCCAUCGUCCAACGAUUGUCCAUUGGAAAUGAGAAAGGCAUCAGGCCGAUGUUAAACCUCAAGGGAUACAUAAUUGGGAACCCAGUAACAGAUAGUGAAUUUGAUGGUAACGCCCGAAUCCCAUUUGCACAUGGGAUGGCGCUCAUUUCUGAUGAACUCUACAAGUCACUUCACAAAAGCUGCAAGGGAGAGUACCAAACAGUAGAACCUACCAACUUGGAAUGCAAGAACAACUUAAAGGCUUUCUCUGAGUGUCUCUCGGGUAUAAACGUAUAUGGCAUACUGGAUCCAGACUGCAAUGUAGAUCCUGAAAAGGCUGCUGUAAGACGAAGAACAAUGUUGCUGCAGGAUGAGUUUCAACUCUUACUCACAUUUGAUCCACCUAAGCUCGGCUGCAAGUAUUAUGACUUCAGUCCGCUCUGCAAACGUUGGGCCAACGAUGAACUAGUCCGCAAAGCACUUCACAUAAGAGAGGGGACGAUAGGAGAGUGGGAGAGAUGUAAUAACCUGUCAGAUUAUCAGCAUGAUAUCCCUAGCAGCUUUGUGUACCAUGUCAACCUUUCAACCAAGGGUUAUCGGUCAUUGAUUUAUAGUGGCGAUCACGAUAUGGUUAUACCAUUUGUCGGAACACAAGCAUGGAUUCGAGCUCUCAAUUACUCCAUCGUGGAGGAUUGGCGAUCAUGGCACGUCGAAGGCCAAGUUGCAGGGUAUACGAGGACCUACUCCAAUCGAAUGACCUUUGCGACUGUGAAAGGCGGUUGGCAUACUUCUCCCAGUAACAAGCCUGCGGAAUGUCAUGCUAUGUUACAAAGGUGGAUAAAUUAUGAGUCGUUGUAAUUAGCAGCCAAAAUGUCUUUCAUGCUUCCAAAAAGUCUUGUUGUAACCUAAUCAAUAAUCAUUCUACAAACACCGCAACGAGUUAUAGUGAAGGUGGGAUUUCUAUUUUUGUCACAAGUAACUUAUCUUAAAGGUUUGAUGACAUUUACCCCCCUAUAUUCAUAGCUUGGUUGAUUUUUGAGGGUAUAGAUGCUCAUUCCAAACGAUUCAUUCAUCUUAUUCUGUCUUCCUAAGCAGGUUUUCCGAAUUUUCUGUAACAUUUUAUGAUAUGGUAUCCACUCAAAACAUAUAAUAUUUGGUCUUAUAUAGCACAACCACAAAUUACACAUCCAAAAACCCCGUAAAACCAUUUAAUCUAUUAUCUACUUAUUAGUGGACCUUACCAAUAAUUUAUAGACAUAAAACCACCAUUAUAACAUAUAUGCUUCUUUAUGUGCCUUUCCCAAGUCGUCACAAACCACAAAGAGAAAAGAAAAUGCAAAUCAUAGAUCAAAGCAAAAAUAACCCAAAGCCGACCAA